UAAUUUUUUUUCUCUGGUUAGGGUAAAAAGAAGUUUAAAAAGCUUGAAAAUAGGGUGAGAAAAAAAGGGCUAAAUUCAGAGGUGGUUAACCAUGCCGAAGGGAGAGAAAACUCAACUUGGCCGUGCUCUGGUGAGGCAGCACAAUCAGAUGGUGCAGCAGUCGAAAGAGAAAGGGAGGUAUUACAGGAGCCAGCAUAAGAAAGUUCUGGAAUCGGUGACUGAAAUUAGCGAUAUAGAAGCCGUUAUCGAGCAGGCUGAUGAGGCCCACCGCCUAUACUCCGCCGUCAAUCCUCCCGGAAAACUCACUAUCAAUUUGGAUCCUGCUUCGAGAAACAAUGAGAUGACACUUGCAGAAAGAAGCAAGGAACAGAAGAAAGAGGAGGCUUUGCAUGCCAGUAGUCUUCGAAUUCCUCGCAGGCCGCCGUGGAAUGCUAAAAUGUCUGUAGAAGAACUUGACGAUAAUGAAAGAAGAGCUUUUCUAGAGUGGCGCCGCAAACUUGCAAUGUUGGAAGAGAAUGAGAAUCUCGUUCUUACUCCAUUUGAGAAAAAUCUUGAUAUCUGGAGACAGCUUUGGAGGGUGCUUGAACGUAGUGAUCUGCUUGUGAUGGUUGUUGAUGCAAGGAAUCCACUCUUUUACCGAUGCCCUGAUCUUGAGGCAUAUGCACGAGAAAUCGAUGAACACAAAAGGACAUUGCUUCUUGUUAACAAGGCAGAUCUCCUGCCAUUUUCCGUCAGAGAAAAAUGGGCUAAAUACUUCAAUCAACACGGGAUUCUAUUCGUUUUCUGGUCAGCAAAGUCUGCUACCGCUGAUUUAGAGGGUAAAAAGCUCGUUCUUCCCUUUGGAAUGCAAAGCUCUCAACAAGACUCUAGCGACGGUGAUACUAAACUAUAUGGCAGGGACGAGCUACUUGCUCGCCUGCAGUCCGAAGCCGAAGAGAUAGUUUCAAUGAGAAGUAAAUCAAAAUCCAAUAACGCAAGCUCGUCUGACGAACAUUCUGAAGAUGGAACUGUUUCCAGACAUUCGCCAGCUGGCAGUGUUGUCGUCGGAUUCGUUGGGUACCCAAACGUGGGAAAGAGUUCCACAAUCAAUGCUUUGGUGGGUGGGAAGAAAACUGGCGUAACUUCAACUCCUGGCAAGACAAAACAUUUCCAGACACUGAUAAUAUCGGAGAAGCUAACUCUCUGCGAUUGUCCUGGAUUAGUGUUCCCAUCUUUCACCAGUUCGAGGUACGAGAUGAUUGCGUCUGGGGUUCUGCCUAUUGACCGCAUGACAGAGAAUCGGGAGGCUGUCCAGGUGGUUGCGAACCGAGUGCCUAGAGCUGCAAUCGAGGGUGUCUACAGAAUCUCGUUGCCUAAACCUAGGUCUUACGAAAAACAAUCCCGUGCACCUCUGGCUGUAGAGUUUUUGAGGUCGUACUGUGCUUCUCGAGGAUACGUUGCUUCGAGCGGACUACCAGAUGAAACGAAGGCCGCCCGUCAAAUCUUGAAGGACUACAUUGAUGGGAAGCUUCCACACUUCCAAAUGCCACCUGGCAUUUCGAAUGACGAGGACGAAGAGAAGCAUGGAUCAUACUCCUCUAAUAAUGAUGAUGAUUUUGAUGAUGAUGAUGGUGAUGAUGAUGAUGAUGAUGAUGAUGAUGAUGAUGAUGAUGAUGAUGAUGAUGAUGAUGAUGAUGAUGAUGAUGAAGAUGAAGAAGAAGAUGAAGAGAAAGAAGAUGGACCAGGUCUGGAGAAUGUGCUGAAUGAUUUGAGUUCGUUCGACAUUGACAAUGGAUUAGCUACAACCAAAGCUGCUGCUGCUGUGAGGAAGAAGGCAUCCAUUGCACCUCAUAAGCAGCAUAAGAAGCCUCAGAGAAAGAAAGACCGUACGUGGAGGGUGAAAAAUAAUGGAGGUGAUGGAAUGCCGAUAGUCAGGGUCUUCCAAAAGCCGGUUAAUGCUGCCCCGUUGAAAGAUUAAUCGAAGAUGGGCACUUCUCUGAAGGUACACUCACCUUUUUUUCGUAGCUUACUAUUUGCUGUAGCAAUGUGGUUUCGCUAUUAUAUGUUCUUAUUUUAUCUGUUAUUUAUUUAUUUAUAAAGUUUCUCGAUAUACGCAUAGAUCACGGUAUUGUGCAUCUUAAUUGUGGAAUUCAUGACGGAACAGUUGGAUGGUAGUGUUUUUUUCGUUUACUCCCUUGUUUGGUAUGAGUUUGUGUAAUGGAUAAGUUGUAAUCCCUGAAGUUGUAGUUUUUCGAUUUUGAGGGCGGUUACUAAAAAAUUAUAAUCCAUGCGACAUUUUCAGAUAUGGUUUUGUAUGAUAUUUGAUGGGGGUGUUCAUCUU